GUUGUAAUAUUUACUGACUCCAUGACCUCUCUGGAAUUGAUUAAGAGUAAUGGUUUGCAGAGAUUUAAAGAAACUUUACAUAACAUCCAGCCAAUUCUAUCACAACUAAAUGACACCCAAAGUUAUGUGAUUCUGCACUGGGUACUAUAUGUCACAAGGGAAUCCUAGGGAAUGUGCUGGCUGAAGAUACAGCUAACCAAGGUUUGGAAAAUAUUUGCAUUAUGAAUAAUAACUUAACUAUAAGAGAGAAUAAAACAGCUUUAAAAAUGAAAAUGAAAGAAAUGUGGCAAAAAGAAUGGAACAUCAUGAAACCGGGUAAGGGGCUUGGAACCUUUAAACCCAUUGUAGGAGAGUAGGAAACAUCUUAUUGUAAAAAUAGAAAAGUAGAGACUAUCUUAAUUGGCAAAUCUAAGAACCGGACAUGCCAGAGUAAACUCUUAUUUACAUAAAUGUAAAAUUAUUGAUUCGCAUCUAUGAAGUCAUUGUUGUAAUAUAAUAGAAGAUAUCCCACAUGUUAUUCUAAAUUGUAGAAACUUUAUAGAAGAAAGGAAUUCGUUGCUAGCAAAAUUGACAACAAUGAAAGUAAACUUUAACUCAAAUAACUUACUAGGAAUAAUCAUAGAUAAAGAAGUUCAGAAAAAAGUUUCAAAUUACUUCAUAACAUUCUUAGGAAAACCAAGCUACUAAACACGCAAUAGCCAUUACUAAACUAUCAAAACAGCCAGAUUAGGUUGACUAUGGUUUUAACCACUAAACAAACUGAAGUUUGUACAUGUAAGGCGACUAUAUUUAACAGUGAUAUUUGAAGUAGGGUUACCUAAACUAGUAGGAGGUUAUUUUGAAUCUAUUAGAGUAAAGUGUUUUAUAAAAAAAAAUGAUUAACAAUAUCGAUGGAAGGGAGCAUGGAUAUUGUUUGAACGAAUUUGGAAUAAGCCUCGUGUGAUUUAGAUAAACUCAUCAUUCAUCUUAUACCUUAAUUGCUAACACAUACGAUAUUACCAAAAUAAUAUUCCUCCACAAAUAAAAGUUAGCAUAAUAAUCUUUGCAUAUCUGAUGUGAUUUUGCAGGGGAGUACUACAAUGGCUCCAGUAAGAGAAGCCAGAUAUCUCCUACUAAAAUAAAGAAGAAGAAGAAGAAGAGGACGUGUGGUUCAUACUGUUGAAACGAACCUUAUGAGCCGAUGUUUCGAAACUUUGUUCAAACACUAUUCACGUUGGCAUAUGUAAACAAUUAUGAGGUGCAGCUGAGGUCAAGAUUUUGAAAUUCCUUACUGCUUGUGAAUGCCGACUUGUUGGCGUGUUGAAUGUUUGUAUUUUGGUAGAUUAAGGCAAAAUCUGGCACUAGAUGUAUAGCUUCAAACAGAUGCCCACUUACAUGACAUUGGUGUUAGAUACUUCUGUCCUAAAUGAAUGGUGUUGUACAAAAAAUAACUGAAGGAAUCAGCGUGGUAAACUUGAUAUAAAAAUGAGAAUAACAGGACUUAUUCCUGCACGGUUUCUAACAUUGGUGUCACACUUGGUCCUCCUCAUCAACAUCCUGCUUGCAAGAGAGGAGAAUGUAAAAGCUUGUCUACCACACGAGUAUUCUCAAACAGAGUACAAUAAGAGAGAUGCAGAGUUACUGGGUGGUGUUAUAGCUGGCAUUGCAUUGAUUGCAAUUGAAUUUCUAGGCUUUAUAACUGGAGUGUCCAUGUUUACAGGCUUAGCGUCACUCAUAUCCGUGUUAUGUCACAGUGGCGCAUCAGUAAGCUUGGCCUACAUGGUCAUUGAUGUCUGGGACUGCAGAAUGUACUGGUGGGUUUUUGGUUUAGCAUCAGUAAUUCCAACAGUUCUUGACAUCGUGGUUAUCAUAAGUGUCCUUGUUCUUAAGAAAAGUGUGUGAUUUUAAGGAUCCUUGUUUGCAUUUCAGUGAAGAGAUAUUGUUGUUGUAAUGCCUUUCAUGAUAGUUCCUCAUUUGUCACUGGAAGGUAAUGUAAAAUUUGUCAUAUUUUUAUGCAUCUAGUCAGUAGAUUUUUCAGGUAAUUUAUUUAGCUAAUAUAAAACAUUUCAUUCUUAAUUUAAAAGUUUUCAAACCAGCCCUUUGAGAAUUAAGAUUUCCAACUCAUUCAUCUUUUUGAAUUAUGAACUGGUAGUUAAAGUAAUGUUACCAAAAGUUGCACCAUUUUAUAGAAUUUAAAUCAAUUUGCAGUGUUGGUACUUAAAUGAAUUUAGUGGAUUACCCAUAUUCGUUUGGCAUACAAACUGUGUACAUAGGUCACUUGCCAUAUUUCAUCUAAAUUUGCAGUCAUAAUUUAUUUCCAAAACAUAUGCACAAUCUUGCUAAUGUAAUUAGUAAGAGGUUCAUUUUAAAAAUAUGCACAUAUCAGAUAAGUUUCAGAAAUACCUUUUGUGUUCACAUUUAGUAUUCGAUAUUGUUUAUUGUAGUUAAGUCAUUUUUCUGCAGAUUUUACUUUUUAGUUUUUGUAGCUUUAAAUACCUUAAUAAACAAAAGUGGUUGUGGUUCCAGUGUUCAGACUUGUUAAAAAAUUUGUAGUUAGCAAUACGUGUGCGCCUGCAGAAAAAAGUUUAGUCUUUCUUGCGUAAUGAAAUUCACUUAUUAUAGAAUGAAUUAAUCGUUACUUUAAGGAAAUGCAAUGAUUUUCGAGUAUUUUUGUUGGUUAAGGUAAGGGGAAAUUGAAUUAUACAUAAUCUCUAUACAAGACAAUAGAGGUAGUUUUGCUCCAUUUUAACAAAGUGAGUUGUACUGUAAAUGUUUCAGUAUUAGGCAUAAUGUCUAUCAUUAAAUACAUAAUGUGAUCUAUGGGAUGAAAGCUAUAUGUUGUCCAGAUUUUAUUUUUCUUAUCUAAUAUUGGAAAUGUAUUACAUUUCCUUAUAGCUAUUUCAAUGAAAGAUAUACAAUAUACUUUAUAUUUACUACAAAUCUGCUUUCCUGGCAGGAAAUACAUUUAAUGUUGAUAUUAAGAGAAAAGUGGUUAUCAACAAUUUUCCAGAGUGAAUGUACAUCACAGAAUGAUAUGAGUUAUUUUGACUUUAUGAUAUACUUUAACCAAGUGUACAAAAGUUAGAAGGUUGUGACCCAUUGAUAAAUAGAGGAAAAGUUCCCUGUAGAGGCUGAGUGAUUAAACAGAAUUAUAGUCAUGAGUUUUUAUUACUUCUUUGGGCUUGUUAGCUACUUAUAGAUUGUAAUAAUUGGUAGCAUGAUAGCAUGAAGAUUUUAGAUAAGUGCUUAUGUAAUUGUAAGAGAGUUUUGUCUAUGUAUUGUAAAGCUUAAACAUUUUGUCCAGGGUUAAGCAAUCUUUUAUAAAUCCCAUAAAUCAUGUUACAUUACAAGGUUUUAGUGUUAAUGAAUACAAGAAGAGAUUGGGGGUAGAAUAGUGACAUAAGACAUUUGUAGCUUUUAAAGAAGGUUAUGAAAUGUUUCUAGUCAUCAGAAAAAUAUUUGAAAGUACAAUUUGUAGCAUUUCUUAGCAGGUAGAUUUUGAGCCUCAUGUGAAACACUUUUUUGCAGCUAUGUGCCUCAUGUAGAAACUUUGUGCCUUCAGUGUUAUAGUAGGUGCUAGAAAUUCCUGUACUAUACUGAAUGUAUUUGUACUGUAGUUCUGUAUUUGUUCUGUCCAGAUAAGAUUAUAAUUCUGUGCAGUAUGGAUCAUAAAAUAUUAUGUUGUACAUUCUAAUAUGCGUUUUGUCCUUGAUCCAAAGAUAACUAUGUAACUAUGUAUGUAUAUGCAUAGUGUUUGCUGAGUGUGCUGUGAUGACACUUGGGUCUGAUGAAUAAAACGUUAAGCAAAUGCUUUUGCUUGAAUUUUAUGGCAUUUGCUUCACUUCCAAUGAAUAAAAUAAAGCAAAUGCUUUUGCUUGAAUUUUACGGCAUUUGCUUUACUUCCAAUGAAUAAAAUAAAGCAAAUGCUUUUGCUUGAAUUUUACAGCAUUUGCUUCACCUCCAAUGAAUAAAAUAAAGCAAAUGCUUUUGCUUGAAUUUUACAGCAUUUGCUUCACUUCCAAUGAAUAAAAUAAAGCAAAAGCUUUUGCUUGAAUUUUACAGCAUUUGCUUCACUUCCAAUGAAUAAAAUAAAGCAAAUGCUUUUGCUAGUAAAUGCUUAUAGCUGAUACUUAAGUUCAAGCAAAUUCUUAGAAAUCAUCAGCAAUUGCUUCAUUUCCUAUGACUAAAUCCUAGCAGUUUCUUUUGUUUUGAAGCAAUAGCUUGAAAGAAAAAGAUAUAAGUACUAUGUAUGUGUGUAUGUAUGCAUGUAUGUAUGUAUGUAUUGCUUUAUCUGCAUUCAUAAAAUAUUCUAUCCAAGCAGCAGAUAAAAGAAUUAUAACAACAACUGCAACAGACCUUAACUACUACUACAAGUAUACCACAAAUACUACCACUUCCCAUUACCGAUAUAGUAAAUGUAAAGUAAUGCUAUUGGAACUUUCGUUAUCACAUAGUUAGUUGGCGCCUGUUCUGUUUUAAUGUCACAUAUAGUAAGUAUUCAAAUCCUCUAGUAGUAUGUAUAAGGAGGGGAAAAAAUAACACUCCUUUGGAUUUUUUAAAACAAUUUGAUUCAGAGUUACGGAUACUCAAGAUGCAUUUAUGUAUCUCAUGAAUUAUUUAUAGUUGUGUUCUUCCAUGUUGCAUUCAAAUCAAACUCAUUCUGCCUGAAACGAAUGGCAAUCAAAAGCCAAACAAACCAGAAAAUUAAAAGGCACUUCCAUGUUUAUAUGUAUACCAGUUAGUUGGACCCAUCAGGAAUGUCAAACACAUGAGUAGCACAAGGCUGGGCCUCUGAGCAAAAGUUCAGAAUCCAUUAAGCAAAAGGUAGCAAAUGGUGAUAUCAUCUUAAUUCAUUACCUUUUAAGCAAUUACCUUAUUACUUUUUUUGCCUAGGCUUUUGCUACCUUUUGCUACUCAAGCUUUUGCUUUUUCUUACAAGCUUACAAGCUUUUGAUUUAAGCAAGCAAAUGUGUUUUUUAUUCAUCAGACCCUGUACUAUCUUCUGAAUGCAGCUUGUGUAGGCUUGCUUUUUCACCUGUGAGUGAAAGGAAAGGUACAUUGUAUUUGGUGUUCAUAAACAUGUUUUGGAACAGAAUUCCUAUGUAUCAAUUACUGUAGUGUACUACUGAACUGAAUUGUGUUCAAUUGUGAAUCUGUGUGAUAAAUAAAAUUAAAAUAUUUUUUCAUGCCAUGGUUGUAUAUUGUAGAUUCUUCUUCUUCAUUGCUUGCAAAUUCACAUAUACUAAUCAACUAUACUUUAAAACUAUAAUGGAAAGAAUGAAUGCGAAGUGGAUGAAGCUGUAAUUGUGGUAAAAGCAAAUGAUGACAGAGUUAGUUGCAGUUGUCCACUAAGGCCAGUGCCUCACCCACAACAGAACUUCAGAGUUUUACCUACCUCAUUACAAAGAACGUUCUAUAAUUGGAGUCUUAGGCCCAUGUGCAGUCAUUCAUGUGCUGGAGUUAAGUGUUAGUUUAGAUGAAUGUUAUUGUCACAGUGUAUAACCCAAUAUUUGAGCAUCAUUUUAGUUUAUGUAGUAGUGAAUACUUAGUCUGUUUUUUGCAGCACAUUGUUUCGUGUCUUUUGUGAGCUUGAGUGAGCAGAAGUUUUUAUGUCAAAAAUUUCACACAAACUGUUGAUUUCAUGUAUCAUUGUACUAUUUAUAUACUGUUUACAUUGUGAAAUAAGAAUGUUUCACACUUAAUUUUCUUGCCAGUGCUUCAUAUUUUUUUCAAAUUGUUCUAUUGUGGGAAUGUAGUUUUCUAUAUGGUAAUCAAAUAACACUCAUGUAUUGUUUUUAGCUGCAAUAAAUGCUGCUGAUAAAAGCAUAUCUAAAACAAGGCCACAUCCAAAUAAAUCCCCUGUCCCAUGGUGGACUCCAACCUUAGCAACUUCAAGCAAAAUCAAACACGUAUUAAGUCGAAAUCUUAGCAGACUUAAGACACGUCUCAGAGCCCUCAACAAAUUGCCCUACCAUGCAAAUACACUAAACAAGAUAGUGUCAUCAACAUACCAAUCAAUUAUAUUAAACCUUUAUAUAACAAAUAUAAUGCCAAAUUUUGAAAACUUGUAAUAUCUGAGACAAUAUUAUCAUGGAAAAAUUAUGUAUCAAGCUUGUCGACAAAUACAUCUAUGAAAGAUAUUUGGCAAAAAAUAAGGAAAAUUAACGAAAAAUAUAUGACACCCAAGAAGGGCAAUAAACCUAAAUGGGAAACUAAAUCAUGACCCAUAUGAGAUCUCGAAUAUAAUAGGGAAACACUUUGAAAAGAUAAGUGCCUACUCCAAUCUAAAUGAACAUUUUCAAGAUAUAAAAACCCAGGGAAAAAAUACUAUACUCAAUUUUGAAACUAUUGAAGAUCUAGAAUAUAAUUAUGUAUUUAAUAUGGAUGAAUUAAACAAUGCUCUAGAUUCAUGUCCUCCAUCGGCCCCAGAUGAUGAUGAAAUAUUAUUUGAAAUGAUACAAAGACUAGCCCCCAUUGCCAAAUCUUAUUUACUAAAAUUCUGUUACACUAUCUGGAUGAAACACGUUUUUCCAUCGAAUUAUAGACUUAUAUCUUCGAUAAGCUGUCUAGGAAAAUACUAGAAAAAAUGGUUAAUUCACAACUAACGUGUCAUAAUUAAAAAUUCCAUUCUAACAUCAACGCAAUCAGGAUCAAUAGCUGGUUGAUCAACCCUUGAGCCACUAACAUGUCUAGAUCAUAUUGAAAAAGGAUUUGAUCAGAAAAAAUUAACAGUGGCAAUAUUUUUUGACAUGGAAGAGGCAUAUAUGAUAUGACAUGGGGAGACAAUAUCAUGCAAAACAUUCACUCUGAAGGUAUAAGAGGCCAUUUAUCAAUUUUUAUUGACAAUUUUCUAUCAGAUAGGACUUUCCAAAUUCGAAUAGAAAAUUCUUAUUCUAAAGUUUAUGAAUUUAUUACAAUAAAUUUACCUAAAGGAGUUAAAACAACUUGUAUGUUGAUGACUUUGCCAUAUAUUAUACAAGUAGCACUCUAAGAAAUGCCCAUCUCAAAUAUUACCAAUUGGGCAAAUUCAGUAGGAUUCCAAUUUUCAAUAGAUAAAACAAAUGCAAUAAUUUUCUAUAAAGAUAAAAGAUGGUUAAAACAACAAUCAAUUAAGCUUUAUCUUUAUAAUACCAAAAUUAAAUUCUGCACAAAUGUUAAAUACCUAGGAAUGGUGUUUGAUCAGCACCUGAACUGGAAAGCACACCUCAAAUAUAUUAAAGCAAAAGGCAUAAAAGCCCUAGCCAUAUUGAAAAAACUAUUGCAUACCAAAUGGGGAACUGGACGUAACACCAUGCUUAUGUUAUACAAAGCAACAGUAUUAUCAAUAAUAUAUUAUUGUUGCCAAAUAUAUUUAUCUGCCACAGAAGCUACAUUAAAAACACUAGAUGCACUGCAUCAUGAAGGAAUACGUUUGUGCAUGGGAGCAUUUCGAUCAUCCCCUGUAAACUCCUCAUUAGUAGAAGCAAGUAUAUUACCCGUAAAACAUCACCGCAACUUGAUAACUAUGCGUAGGAGCCUUUCCCUUCAAGCAGGAACAUCUCCCGCUGCUACCUGCUUUUUUAAUUAUAACCAAAGAUUAGAAAACCAUAGUGCUAGCUCGUUCUCACAAAUAACCAAAUAUUUAAUGAAUUCACAUAAUAUUAAACCAAUUUUCCAUCCAGCAAUGAAAUUCCCACCACCCUGGACUUUGAAAAGAGUAAAAAUAUGUACUGCUCUAUCAUAUCUUCUAAAUAGCAUUAUGGCAAACAGAGAUGUACUGCUAACAUGCGUUGGAGCACAUCAGAAGAAAGGGAGAUCAACUUAUGAUCUAUACAGAUGGAUCAAAAAACAACACUGGAGUAGGAGCUUCAGCAGUCUCAAAAGAUAAGUUAUUUAAAAAAAGCCUUCUCCCAAUAUCAUCAGUAUGCACUCCUGAACUUGCAGCCAUGCGAAUACGUAGCACUAGACAUAAUAUCUGAGAAGAGAGCAAUUUCCACCAUAGUUUUCAGUGACUCAUGAAGUGCUAUUGAUGCAACAAACAAGUACAAGUCUACAAAUCACCUUGUACAAGAAAUCCAAAUAAAACUACAUAAACUUAUUCAAUCAGGACUAUAAUAAAAAAUAUGCUGGAUUCCAGCACAUGUGGGAAUUGAAGGAAACGAAAAAGCAGUCAGCUGCCAAAUUAGCUUGCACUAUUCCAUCAACAAUGACACAUGCCCCAGUAUCAGACUGGAUAAUCUCAAUUAAGCCUUUAAUAUAUCAAGACUGGCAAAUAGAUUGGACAUCAGUGCCAACUACAAACAAACUGAGAGAUAUAAAAGUGAAGCUAAUUCAAGGAUGUCAUCAUCUAAAAACGAAAGAGCUAAGGAAGUUUUAUUAACAAGACUACGUAUAGGCCAUACUAGAUUUUCACACGGUCAUUUGAUGUUAAAUCCACAUCCAGACCCAAUGAAAUGUAGUUCAUGCCAGACACCAAUGACUGUCCAACACUUAUUAGUCGAUUGUUCAGUUUGGAACCAUCAAAGGAAUUUAUAUUUUCGAAACUCAACAUUAAAAGGCAUUCUUGCUGAAGGUAAAGAUUUCUUUUUUAAUAGGAUCAUCAUGUUCCUAAGUAAAACCAGUUUCCUAAAUAGUCUAAAUAUCUCUUUUUUUUCUGGAUUAAAUCCUAAAAACGAGCAAGAGAAGAGCCUUUGUUAGGCUCAGGGGUCUGGAUAAAUUAAUCAUUUAUUAUAAUAUCACGACGGAGAGAAGGCUCCCCAUUAGUGACUGCAUGUGUGCGACCCCCUUUGGAGGUUGUACACUCGGAGAGACCUGCAAAUGAGUACCUGACAGCCCUAAUUCCAUGAGCAGCGCCCUUGGAACCAGAGACAGGAGAACGAACCUAGGUCCAAACCCUGGGGCUCACGUAACACUAGCUCCUGAGGACAGUGUCACGGUUGCCUCUCCCAAAGGAGCAGGUGAGCCGAUGAGAGAGCCAACUGCUUCCUUCCUAAAGGGAGGAUGUAGAGAGACACCAUCUUUCUCUUCUUAGGUCAGGAAGCUUUGAAGAGGGCGAUAAGGAGGCAUUGGAUGACGAAGAUGAUGACCCCUUCUGUGACGAGAUGACAUCACGACUGUGACACUGGGAAAGGUAUUUAACAAGGCAAGGAACCACACUGAUCAAGAGCAGAGGGUUCGUUCAGCAAAGCUGAGCACUUAACUCGGCGGACCUGGGCUGGCCGAGCCGAGUCAAGUGAGCUGGUCAGAUCACCACCACAUAAUCCUCAGCAAAGAACUAACACUUCUUGCCAAUUAACUUUUCUCCUUUGAGGCCGAAGCUCUCAGAAGAAAAAUAAAGGGGAAUUCUGUGUCUGCUGUCCUACGUGUUCGGACUCUAAGGUCCAAGACACGAAGACGGAACUUGACCAUUCACCCAUCGACCCUGGCACCUAACGAAAGCCAGUCCUAGCUUUCCCAAGUGGGUUCGAGUCGUAGCUUGGUCCCUUCUCUCAUCCCGCGCUGCUGUCACGACAGAGAGAGGACUCCUCGUCAUUGACUGUGGAUGUACGUCGCCCCCUUGAGGGGUUGGGCAUUCAGAGAACUCAUGAACGAGCCUCUGACACGGAUCUGGUUCCAUGAGCACUGCCCUAGUACUUGAGACUGGAGAAGGAACCUUGGUUCGAACUCCUUAGGUUCCCUAGACAUUAGACCCUGGGGACAGCAUCACAAUCCCACUCCCGAAGGAGCAGGUGAGCCAACGAGAGAGCCAGCUGCUUCCUUCCCGGGGGAAGGAUGCUGAUCCUUAGAAGUCUCAUGACAAGAAUUCAUAGAGAGGUGGAGAAGCUACCUUCGUCUUCUUAGGCUGAGAAGCCUUUGAAGAGGGAGGUGAGGAGGCAUGAGAUGACAACGAAGAAAAGACGAAGACGACACCUUCUGGACCUCUUAUCAUCAGCUUCUUUUUCGUCAACUUCCGCAGGACUUCUUUUAAAGGAUGAAGCCCAGUCAUCCCCGAAGUAGAGAUAGCAACCACAGGGCAGUUGUAGAUACUGCUCAGUGAUGAAACUCCUGAAUAACAGGAGCCAAUCAAUAUGAUUUUUUCCAGCAGGGGAACUGUAUACACACUCGAGAGUCAGUGUCACAGCAUGUUAGAGUACAAUUCCGACGGUUAUGAUAACCAAAACGAAGAGAUAUCCAACCAUCAACUGCUGUAAUACACUAUCACUCACUGUUAGCCUGCAGAAAAAAGAAAAAUUGAUUAAGGAGAGUGAUGGUCCUUUCGCAUCAAAGGGCACUGCCCUCCGAAACAAGAGGAGAUCCCUCAACAUCAACACCACACGCAGCCCCCCCUUCUUCGUCCGAUAAGCUAGCGAAAAGGGGUGAAGGAGAUGGGGAAUGUCAGGAAGGGAAAAACAAAGGGAAACCCUUCAAAUUUUCCCAUGGUAACUCUCCAAAAUGCAACGUAAAUGUCAAUAAAUAUAAUGUCAUGCCCUCGCAUUCAAGGGCAAAAAUAAGUGAUAAGGGUGUAGAUAUACCCUGCUGCCAACCCUUAACACACAAAGGGGAAAAGCGUCUAGCAAGGCUUAUCAUAAAAAGUACAUUCAAAACAUAUAAAGGAAUGAUCCCACCUGAAAACUCGUGAUUAACAACCAGUCAACAAGAGCUCUCAAAUACACAUCUUCACUCGAAGACUGCUGCAAGUAAAUUGAAGUGUUUAUGUAUGGGUAAGCGGGUCUCCCUGCCUACUGGGCAGUAGUUACUGCCUAACCACCUUUUUCAAGAUUUUACGACCAUAUCCAGCUGCUACACCACGAAGUAUAUCCUAUUGUAAAGGACCGAUGGUUCGUAUAUCGUGUAGGAACAAAUAAUCUUUUAUCCUAUGCUAUCCUACCAGAUUUUGUUUGACAGCAAUACUGCAACCCCUCCAGAGGAUACAUGAUGCUGUUCAUUCCAUUUCUGAAGUGUUAAUUGGAGGGGGACCAGGAUACCAUUGGUUUAUAAAAUUUUUAAAAUGUAAUUUAUUCUAUAGAAUUUGAAUUUUAUUAUUUAAAAAUGUGAAAAUUGCAGGCCAACCUUGUGAUAGUUACGGCAUUGUAAUUGAAUGAUUUGGUUAAACUGGGCAAUAAUGAUUAAUAAGGAACUCUGUCAAUGAACAGAAAGAAGCCUUUUUCUUUUUUUCUCUGCUGUUGAAGGGAACAUCAUGUUAUUUACCACUUACAUGGGCAUGAGACCUCAAUAUGAUCUCCAAAGAAGAAAACAACAGAUCGUGGAGUGGCCUUCAUCAUUCCAGCUGGGCAGGUGAACUGAGGUUAUUUUAACCAGAUUAAGGAUUGGGCACACUCAUUUAACCCAUCAGUUUAUUUUAGAAGGAAGCAAUCCUCCACUGUGUGCUUACUGUGACAGAUUCUAACAAUGGAGCACAUUCUGACAGUUUGCCCCAGAUAUUUUAACCAAAGAGCAAAAUAUUUUCAUGGUAAACCCAUCUUGGAUAUUUGGGAGAUGAAGCCAAUAUGUCUGCUAUCAUCUCUUUUUAAACUGCAUAAAAUUUUUUAAUAACAUUUAUUUUUUUCUUAAUAUACUAUAUAUCACAUACAGAUUUUUAAUGACAUUAAAUUUUUCUAUGUAUAUAGAUCACGCCAUUCAUUAAACUUCAUAUCUUUUACUUUAUUUAUUUGAUUGGUCACAUCACCUUGUUUUAUUUAUUAACCAUAUUUCACUAAUUCACUGAUUCAUUUGCUGUAGCAUAAUUUAUUUGCUCUUCAUUACGGCAAUGAAUGGCCUUUCUGGCCCCAUUGCCUGGGCUUUUGCCCUAAAUAUCAUACAUCCAUCCACCCAACAGAUUAAGUAAAGACAGUCAUUCUACGUAUAGGACAAGUUAAAAAAAAUAACUACUACAUGCCAAAAAUGUUGAUAUAUGCUGGAGUGUAGUCUAAAAGCAGAAGGCAGUACCCGGUUACUGGCGAUCUGGUUUUAUAGCACUUGUCUUGCACCGAAAAUCGAUAAAUAGCCGAUUUACAGUUAUCUGCGAUUUUCACUUAUAAUCAAGCUGUUAGAAUGGAAACCCCGCUGAUAACCGAGGACUGCCUGUAUAUUGUAUGAAAUUAACCUGCCACUUGUGAGUAGGUAACAAUUUGUUAGCCGAGCUGAAAUAAACCAACUGGUGCAUCUCUUAAUAUGUAUACUAUACCACCCCUUGGUUACUACAGCUAACUUUUAUGCCUUCAUUUGUAGGUGCAAUACCACCAAGUUUUCUGAAGCAUUCUUCAAUGUAUUGAAAGUUUUAUGCAUUUAUUUUUCCUAUGAACAGCCUAAUCUUGUAUAGAAUCAUUUUUAAGGGUCCUAACUAAUGAAGUGAUAUAAUGAACAUGGACCCUAGUCCAGGGAGUUGGUAUUCACCAAGCUUAGCUUAUUUGCUUAAUAAUCUAAUUUUUCCACCAGCAGAGUGUGUAAGAUAUGAAAAAUUUUAGUUCUUGUACAUUACAUUAAAAUAUGCUAUAUUCAAUGGACAUCAUAUUAUUAUUAAUACAGUGUUCAUAAAAUAGUUUGAAAGAUUUUUAAUUGAUGCAGACAGUACUUUAUUUUUAACAAAGAAACCAUGUGUCAUCAGGGAUAAGAAACCCAAUUUGACAUAAAAAAUAUAGUAAGGUUUUUAUCAAAGGCUCCAACACUGUCUAACAGGUAUAUUUACCCAAAAAAAAUUUUAUCUGGUACUUUAGUCUAGUCAUAUUUAAUUUGCAAAUACAUACGAAUGUAUGUAUUUGCAUGUAAAUACAUCACAGUUACCCAUUGACACACAACCAAGGUAGGGUCUCUAUGCUUUGAUAAAAAAAGGAAUGAAUGUUUGUCAGAAAAUGGUUCCAGUGCAUCGAUUACUUAUGCAUGAUCCAUUGCACUUCCAAAGUGAUUUUCUGUCUAUUAAUUUUGUAAGGACCUGUAGUGUAUCAGGUUAUUCAUUGCAGCAUUGAUUUUUUAAUUGGUUUACAAAGUUGAUAUGUUAAAAAAUUUCUUACAUUUCUUAGAAAUAUCCAUGCUUGUCAGUGUGAAUGGACAUAAAAUCACAAUUUUUAAAAGUAAAUUGUGUUUUUCCUAACUAUACAAACCUGAGGUUCUUUAUAUUUGGAAUUACUCUACAGCGAAGUUGGAACACAAUCAUUAAAUUCUUGAACAAGGUGUUUAGGCAGUAACUACCGUUUGGUAGGCGGGUAGACCUGCCUGUCCAAAUGUAAAUACUCCACUUUGCCUUCUGGACUCAGGUUUCAGAUUGAGGGGUGUCAUGAGGUGGGCAUUAAUGUAAAGGACCUGAGGUUUGUAUACGUAGAUAGGAAAAAUACAAUUUACUUUAGAAGAAUUGUCAUAUUUUCCUACACAGUAUACAAACCCUUGGUCCUUCACAUUAGAAGACUCACUGAUUGGUGGGAGGAAUCUGAGUGAGCUUCUAGAACUAACUGGAGUUCAGCACACCUGGGAUAUUCCUCCUGGUUGUAAGAGUGAGGAGGAGUGCCCUGCCUCUGAUAGCUUGAUCGGAGUAUAAGAGCUUCAUGAUCAAGAGUCAGACUUCUGGGCCUUUCUGAAAUGAGUGAGGAAUUGUAACUCAUCCAAAAAUGGGUAUGGGAAGAAUAUUUAGAGUCGGAGGAAUUAAUGCAAAGUUCUGGGAAAGGUUUGCAUUAUUGCCAGUCUCCUUCCUCCCCUUGCUAGAGGAAGAAGUGGAAUUGCUUCUAUGAUUCUGAUAAGAAAAAUAGAAAGGAAACUCGAUGCGUAGGUUUACUGCAUCAAAGGCCCAACCAGCAAGUGUAAGUUCAAGUCAUCCUCAACCCGAAGGAAGAAGAGUAGAAGGACGAGGAGGGGAAAGGCGGAGAUGCCAGUCACUCUUGCAUCCUUGUCACCUUUAGAAUUGCACACCAUAGGCAGGAUGCAACUUGUCCUCUUGAGGGAACCGGGUAAACAAACACAACUUGUUGAGCAUCACCACUGGUCCAAGGAAAAAGGAGUUCCAAGGCCCUGUGGGACUACCCAAGGAAGAAGGAUAUAGAUGUGGUCCUAAUGAGACCGCAUCUAGGUUCCAGUCCGACAUAUUCUUUGGAGUGUGAUGAAAGUAGCAAGCCACUUGCACCGUUUGCUCUCUCAGAGAGCGUACAUUGACAAGGUAUCUGCAGAGGAGUUCCUCACGAAGGGUGUCAAUCCUCUGUAGGUACAGCAGCACACCAAUAGGACAAUACGUAUAAAGUCCAAAAUGUAGAUCAUGAAGGAUUCACUCUCGUCAAGAGAUGCCGAAUGAUUGCACAUGACACCUGCCUUUUGAAGGGUGAUGGUAAGAAUGAACUAUGCAAAUUGUCAUCUUCGCCAAUGCCAGAGGGAGACGAGAUGCGGUCUUGGAAAUCAAAACUCUGUCUGAUGGUUAUUGCUAGAUAUGUAAAUGCUAGACGGGACUCAAAUGCCUUCUUGAGGCCGAGGUCCCUGUGAUGGAAAGACAGAAGUUCUCAUCAGUAGUUUAAUCUCAACUAAGGAGAAACAAUAUUACUUUAAUUAACGACUAAGGCGAAUGUAGACCUACGUCUUCACAGUUGAAUCAGAGAGAAGUGAACUCUCACGAUUCUGAUCAUAGAAAAAGUCCCGUCGAUAUCACCAACCUGUGAAGACCGCUCUAAUCCCUGUUUGUUACAAAGGAGUGAAGAAGCUAUUCCGCUAUUUCAUUGCUGCUCAGCAAGAAAGUCUAAGCUUGCAAUGAAGGCAGGAAGUCUUUAGCUGUGAAAACAUAGGGAUUGUACUGCCUGAAGAACCACUUCUUCUGAGUUGGAUCAGGAGGAACUCUUCUUCCUACCCUGGAAGCAGAGCUAGUCGGGCUGGGAACAGAUGAAGUCUUCCAUUAUUCAUUUCAAUUUGAAGUGAACAAAAAAUAAUUGAACACCUUACAAAUUAGAAAAAUGUUUAUUUGAAAACAAAACUGGAAUUGUCUGAAGAAAAUCAUUCUGAGUCAUCGCAGUGGCUGAUGGUUCAGGUGCAAUGGAGUAGAAGACUACAGACGUCUAUCUGAAAAUUCUCGCAAUGGCAAAUAUGUAGCACGAGAAAAGAACCUUACGCGAGAAUUCCGAGCCAACCAGAGACCUUAGUCUGUGAUGGCCGGGCAGAGAGAUUCAAAUUAGUAGUCAACCCUCGACAGAGGAGAACUAUACUAAUAUGAACAGAAUCUCAGAGAGAAGGGAGAACUCUGCCCCUCGCUCGACUCCGUAUAUCGAGUUGCCUGCUUUUGCAUUCCAUGCUGGAAUGUGUUCGGCUUGUAGAACUAUUGAGUGCAAUACAGAUACACUGGAGUACCUGCAUGUUAAUCGAAAUGUGCGGGAAAGAAACCCUCUUGUUCGGUGAUAAUGCCAACCCUGUGGUGCUGUUGGUAAACAAUGCCAUUAGUCAGUUCAAAAUCAAAACCGGAAACUCUUGGGAGGCCUGAAAGGCUGUCCUGAGUUUCAGGUUAAUCAAGAGAAGGUACUAUUCAUCUCGAUCACAUACCAGAAAAACUAACUUAAAGGUAUGUGCUUACUACUUGGACUGUGCAAUUGCUAACAGACACAUGUUGCAAGGAAAAUAUACCGUGUAGUAUAUUCAUAGCUCCUGCUAAUUGAGCGCCAGCCUAAUUCUUCUUCAUUUGAGAGACAAGAAUAGGGACAGGAAGCAGACCUCCUUCAUUUUCUAAUGAAGAGAGCAAAGGUGAAUCUGUCCCGAAGGGAGGGUUCUACGGUGAUAACAGGACACCGAAGAGAACUAAUUCAUGCUGAACUGGUUGUUCCCAAAACAGGAGCACCGGAGAGGUUGUGUCGAACUUCUUGGUGCUAUCCAUCCUGAACAGAUUGAACAUAUGUUCGGUGAGAUCCUAAGACUGAACCAGGAAUAUAGUCUCUUGUAUUCGAACUUGGGGAGUAGAUCCCGUAGAGUUCCUCUUAUUCCCUUUCUCAUUCCGGUGUAACCCAAGAUGUAGAGGGGAAAAAAAAGAGGAGGGUUGACUGUUCUUGCCCGCUCUUCUUUGAACUUGUGGUGUUUUCAUUCUGCCAAAUGAAGCAUUCUUUUCCUACAACUGUUUCGUUAGCGUGAACGUGAGUGAAAGUUGAACGGAGUUAAAUGUGGCAAAAGUUGCCGAGAACUUGCCGCACCUUGCUAUGAGUCUAUCCACUCCAUGAUUGAACCUCAUGAAGAGGACUAGACUACCCAGAGAACCUCUUCACAGCUCCUCCAGAUGCCAUGUCCUGAGGGACAGCGACAUUGUUCUUAGCACCCAAAAAAUAGCCAUUCCUGGCUUUCACAGGUGGGUCUGACCCACCAAAGCGGCUCGGUCUCUUCUCUCACCCUGCGCCACAGUCUUGACAGAGAGAAGACUACCCAUCACUGACUGUGGGUGCACGAUCCCCCUUUGGAGGUUGUACACUCGGACAGACUCGUGAAUGAGCCUGACACAGGUGAGCUAUUGAGAAAGCUAACUUCUUCCUCUCUGGGGGGGAGGAUGCAGACCCUUACAAGUUUUGACCCAGGUUUUCUUAGGAGGCAGAGAAGCUACGUUCCUCUUCUUAGGCCAGGAAACCUCCAAACAGUUCAACCGGGAGUUAUGGAGACAACAAACGAUGAAGACGAUGACCCCUACAAAAGUGCUAUGCCAUGGCAAGGAACCGCAUUGAUCAAAAGCAGAGACUUCAUUCGGGUAUAGCCGAGAACUCCGGCUCGCUGGCCGAGCUGAGCAGAUCACCACCACAUAAUUAUGAGUGGUAAUCAUCAGCAAAGAACCAUCAAUUCUUCCCAAUUAACUCUUCUCCUUCAAGGCCAAACCUCCAAGAAGAAGAAUAAAAAGGGAUUCUGUGUCUGCUGUCCUACAUGUUUGGACCCUAAGAUCCAAGACACGAGGACUGUACUUGACCAUUCGCCUAGAUGGUGUUGGCAUGCAAUACCAAGAUCUGCAUAAACUAAACCAGGAGUGAAGAGUGAACUUAUCUGUAGGCUACUGGUAAAGGCUCAUCUCACUAUCCAUAUGCUUGAGAUAGCAAGCGCUAGAAUUCAUAAGAAUUUCUGUUCUUCGAGAGAAUCCCGACUUUUUUAGGCAAGCCUUGCCUUGCCCUGGGGUGCUCGGCAACAUGAUGAAGCCGAGCACUUAGAGUGCCAGAAACUAAGAUCCAGGCACUCAGCGAGACUCCCGAUUCUUGUAAUUAUGGGAGAAUUGAUGAAUUGGUUGCAUUUGACAACAUUCGCAAGGGUUGCUUGUGUGUGUGUGAGAGAGAGAGAGAGAGAGAGAGAAAGAGAGAGAGAGAGAGAGCGGCUAGUUGUUUCGUCUGUCUCGUUGGGUUGUUUGCAUUCGUUGGAAGUGAUAGGAUGGGUCUUGGAUGUUUUGCCUAUUUACGUAUUAUAUUGUAUUUUUAUGUUUAUUAUUAUUGUUAAGAUAGUAUGGGGAAGGUUUGGGCCUGUGUUUUUUUCCCGUUUUGAGAGAGAGGGAGAGCGUGAAAGAAAGAGAGGGUGUAAAUGAUGAAUGGGUGGUUGACGAGUGAACUGCUUGUUUGGCGGGUGUGUUGGCUUGUUAAGCGGCUCUGUCACCGAGCAUUUGGAGUCACUCAAGAGCAGUCAGUCAAUGAAGGUAUUCGUAGUGAGAGGUGGUCAGUCAGUGCAGUUGUCUGUGUGAUUUUCACAUAAGUUUUGGGUGUUCGGUGGUCGGGUUCUGUUGUGCUUGUGUCCAUCUGUGGUUGUUGAGUUGGUGAGUGAUUUGUUGUGUCUGGUGUUUGUGAGGUGUGUGGUGUUGGUGCUUGUUUGGUGUUUUUUGUAUCAGUGUUCAGUGGUUUGUUGGUGAUGGUUGGAUGGGUGUUUGGCAGUUUGCUGGUGGUGGUGGAGUUUGUUUUUUGGUGGCCGUGCUGCGUUGAAAGUGCAGCUUCUUGCCCUGAUUGUGUUGAGUUUCCUGGUGAGUAAAUGUAAGAAUUUGUAAGCCAGGAUUGAUUAAUGCAAAUGUGGUGAGGUCUUACUUGCUUGCUUAGCUUGUGAUCCCACCACAUAAUAACAAUGAUCAGGAAUGCCCAUCUUGCUCAAGUGUUUGGAAAUCACAGAAAACCAAAAUACUCCGAGAACGCCAGAAAUUCCAAGGAAUUCAGUCAUUUGACGAGACUCCCAAUUCUUGUAAUAAAAUUUAUCAGGAAUGCCCGUCUCACCCAAGUGUUUUGAAAUCACAGAAAACCAAAACACUGAGAACGACAGAAAUUCCAAGAUUCAAGAACUCGGCAAGACUCCCUUUUAUUGUAAUAACAAUUAUCGGGAAAUCUCGUCUCGCCCAAGCGUUUGCAGAUCAUAGAAGACCAGGACACUUGGAGAAUGCUAAAAAUUUAGAGGAAUUAAAGUGCUCGGCAAGACUCCUGAAUUCGUCAGAUAAUCAUCGUGGAGGAGUCCAUCUUCGACUCCCUUAGAAAUCGGGGAGGAACGGGCAUAAAAACCAGUCCUAUAUGGGAGCAUUUAAGACCAGUCCCAUACGGGAGCAUUUAAGACCAGAGUAAGUGUUUCCACAGAAUAUGCACUUGAGGCUCCCAAAACGCAAGACUCCACAGGGGACUGCAAAUUGGAAUCUGUCCAAAGGACAGAAAGAGCCAGGGAGAACACAGUCUCCAGAUGUUCGAAUUUUCUGAAUUUAAACACUAGGUGUUGAGACAGUGAGAAGUCUCUCAGUCAUUGACAGAAGAUCCUUCCUCAACGACGUUGAUGUACCCCCGGUGGGACCCUAAGACCCUUCCUGAAAUGUAGGCCCCCCGAUGCUGAAUCCUGCAGAGAGCACUUUGCAGCUAUAUCCUAUUCACCUCGCUCCUCGUGGUGUAGCCAUAGCAUGUAGAGGGAAUAGGCGAGGAAGAUUGGACACACUCGCUCUCUGUGCUAGCAGAACUAGCUGUGACGCAAGUCCAGGAGAGCAUUCUCGCCCUGGAGAAACAUUUUCCCAAGGAGGGAUACAAAACUCUUGCAAGGUAGGAGAAGCGAUCACCGCAACUGAGACUGGUCAGUCAUGUGAACAUGAUCAUGGCCUGGGUGGAGUUGAUCGUGCAACUGAUUGGCAAGAGCUACAACCAUCCUCCUGAUGCAUCCCAGUAUCCUUCGAGGUCGAAACCUCAUGGGAGGACUGAAUGGGGGACCUCCUACCAGUCUCGCCAAAGUACGGUCUCGCGAGACCAUCACAUCAACCAUGGGAACCGAGCAGUCACCGUGAGAGUGAUCGCUGGCAAGUGGUGUCAUCUGAGUGACUCACUCCCCUUUCUUCCACUCCGUACCUGAGUCAUGACAGUGAGCGGGCUCAGUGUUAAUGACUGGAUGAAUGCGAAUUCGUAGAUUUGCAUGCACUCGGAGAAGCUCGUGAACGAGUGACCGACACAAAACUAAUCUUAAGAGGCAGAACCUCUUAAGACCCUGGGGACAGCGUGACAGUUCGUCCUCCCGAAGGAACAGGAGAGCCAAUGGAAGACCCAACUGCCACCUCAUUUCAAUGAGGCAGACCCUUAGAAGUCCCGUGAUAAGACUUCUUAGGGCGGGGGAAGACUACCUUAUCCUCUGGGAGGGGAGCCUUAGAAGUCGAAGGGGAGGAAGUUGAAGGAGAUGAUGAUGACGAUGAGGGCAAAGAGGAUGAUGACGACACUUGAUGGGUUCUCUUCCUCCUUGACUUCCUCUUCACCAACUUCUGCAAGACUUCUAUAGGACAAAGCACAGUCGCCAUCAGAAGUAGACUUAAUAAUCACAGGGCAGCUGUGUAGAUGCUUUCCAGUGACGAAACUCCAGGAUAACAAUGGCAGCUUAAUAUGAUUUUCAGCUGGGAAACAGUACGCACACUUUGAGGACCAAUAUCAUAGCAUGCUGCAAGUGACAGGUACUACAAUUCCGAGGUUACGAUCACCAACACGAAGAGAUAUCCAGCCAUCUGCUGCUGUAGGUAAUCCAUUAUUGCUCUCUGUUAGCCUGUAGAAGAAAGAAAAUAUGAUUAAAAAAGGAUACUUCUCUCCUAUCCAAGGGCACUGCCCUCUGAAAUGAGAGGAGAUCCCUCAAACAUCAAAACCAAAGCCCCUCCCUCUUCGUCUAAUAAGCUAGUGAAGAGGCUGAAGGAGAAGAGGGAAUACCGGGAGAAAAAACAAAGGGCAAACUUCCAAAUUUUCCUCUCGGUAAUUCUCCAAUGUGUAAGCGUACCUAUCAAAUUAGUAUUCUGCCCCGCCUUGACAUUAAAGGGCGAAAAUAAGUGAUAAGGGUGUAGAUACACCCUUUCCGCUGACCCUUAACACAUAAGGGGAAAGGCGGUCAGCAAAGCUUAUCAGAAAAAGUGGGUUUGUAUGUUAAUUAUUAAAGCCAAAUAGUUAUUAAUAUCAAACACAGUACAUAAAUUCAAAAUAUUAAAAGUAAAAAAAAAAAAAUUCCAAAGGGAAAUUGUGUUUAAAGUCAGCAAGAGCUCACACCGAAAGCAAAGUGGAGUGUUUACAUCCGGGGCGGGCAGGCUGGUUUACAGACGGUAGUUACUGCAUAAUCACCUUGUUCAAGAUUUUAACGGCCGUGUUCCAGCUUUGCCGUAAAGUAAUUCCUAAUGUAAAGGACCGACGGUUUGUAUAUCGUGUAGGUUGUAAAUUGGUUGAUGUUUUGUUGAGUAAUUUUGCAAAGCUUCCAAUUAACAGUUCCGCUUCGAUGUUGUACAAAGUUAGGUUGUGUAUUUAGUCACAAAAUAAUGUGCAAUUAUGCAGAUUUGCUUCUCCAGGAGUCUUAUUGAUAAAAUGUAUUUCGAAAUAGUCUUUAUUUGUAAUAGUGGACGCAAUCGUGGACACUCCAUGAGUAUUAGUAUGAUGCUUCUAAUUUUUAUUCACGCUUGGUGAAUUUAUCUUUUCCAUAUGUCAUUCUAGUCUUGUCUUUAACUUGUAUUUUUACCAUUCAUAACAUGUAUGAAAUAUGUAGAUGAAGUGAUGUUUGCAGAGAGGUAAUAAAUGAAAGUGAGUGUAAUUUGCAUUGAGAGAACAGUAUUAUAUUACAUCAGUUUUGAUAAUACAGUAGUUCAGUACAUAUAUAUCAUGGACAAUUAGCACAUGUUCUUUAAAUCUUGUAUUACCUUGAAAAUUCAAAUGUAAAAUUCAUUGUUACUUAGGGAUAGGAGGAUUUUGAAUAGUAAGUACCUUUAUUGUAAAUUCCAUUCUAACUAUAGUAUACUUUUGAUGUGUAUAUACUAUACCAUCGUCCUGAAUUCCAUUCUGACUAUAUAGUAGUACGUAGUAUAUUUUUUAUGUGAAUAUGUACCCUCAUUCCAAAUUUCAUGCUGACUAUGGUAUAGUACUUUUGAUGUGAAUAUGUACCUUUAUUCCAAAUUCCAUUCUGACUAUACGUAGUAUACUUUCGAUAUGAAUAUGUAUGUACCUUCAUUCCAAAUUCCAUUCUGACUAUAGUAUAUUUUUAAUAUGACAUAUGUACCUUGUUCCAAAAUCCAUUCUUUCUAUAGUAGUAUAAUUUUGAUGUGAAUACAUAUGUACCUUUGUCGCUAAUUCCAUUCUGUCUAUAGUAUACUGUUGAUGUGAGUAUGUACCUUCGUUCCAAAGUCCAUUCUGACUAGUAUACUGUAGAUGUGAAUAUAUACCUUCUUUUCUAAUUCCAUUCUGACUUCAGUAUAGUAUACUUUUGGUGUGUUGUAAUUUGUUUUAUGAUAAAAAGUGUCCACAAUGUAGCUUACAGUGGAUAGUUGCUUGAGGAUGAAAAAUAAUCAAAAUAAAUUUUCACUGUUAAAAAUACUGUUUAUGAAACUUGUCAAAAAAGGUCAGUAUAGUUCAGUGUAUAUAGUAUUUGGGAUUAGAUACCAUCAAAUUAUUCAUAAUAGCAUAUGCACUUUUUGUCAUGUAAUUAUAUGCAUUAACAUUAGUUCAUGACGUCUACAUAAAUUCGCGUGCAGAACUCUACUGUAUAUGUACUAAUAAUUCCUAGAUUUUUUUUUUACAUUUUGGAAAUGAUCUUACAGCAGUUGUAAUGUCGGUUACCUUUAAGAUUAUGGCAUAUUAUUAUUUUCAUAAGAAUCAAGCAAUUAAGCAGAUUUUUUAUUUUGUGAAGAUAAUGAGUAUUUGUUUUAAUGCUAAAUGUCCAUGACAUAUUAUGUAAUACAUGGAAUAUUUUUUCUCAAUUUAUGCUAAUCUGACUAUGUAAGUCUUCAUUCAGCCUCCGGUGUAAUAUUAGUUUAAAAAGACAUUUUGAUAUGAAUGAUGGAAAAUAAAUGGUUCUACAACAUU